GAUAAAUAAUUUAGCGAUUAUUAUAAUAUGUCUAAGAAAAUUUCGUUCUCAAAUGAACCUCGAAUUUGGUUCUAUGUAAAUGAAAAUUUGGUCUCUUCGAAAUCGUCACAGGAAAUUAGUGAAAUUUUCUUACUGAAUAAUAACUUUUACUGUGAUUCGAAAGGUUCAAAAGUUAAACUUUUAUCUCGUGAAUGUUUAUCGUUAGACGGACAUGAGAGAAUUGGAUUCCAAGUGACCCCAACUAUUCGUGGACAAAUGGACAAAGAUCAUUUUCGAAAUCAUUGUGUCAGUUUAUUCCUCACUCCUGGUUUACCAAUUUUCGAUAAUCUUAAAAUCGAUUAUUGUCCCAAUUGUUACUCCAUGAAACCCGAGCACAAUUAUCGAUUGUGCAACAAAAUCGCUUGUCUCAAGUGCGGUGAAAAAGGCUGUCCGGGCGAUUGCUGUUCGAAGGCAGCUCAUCAGAAUUGUAAAAAGUGCCUAUUCUGUGGUUGUAAAGGUCAUUCGACAUUCGAUAUGAAGUGUAUCUUAUUUAGAACGGCGAUUUUACAUUCGAUUGAUUCUUCCAACUUUAAGUAUGAUAAAUUAUUUCUCCAUGUCGAUCAUUUACCCAUUGAUCAACGAAAUGUCGAAAAUAAAUUAUAUCGAAAUGAAUGGUUCAAUUCUACUUCCAAUGGCUACUCAAUUGGUCGAAUUGUGAUCGAUGUUGGUCAACUUCGUAAAAGUGUAUUCAAUUAUUUUCAAUCUGUUAAUGAAAUCAAUCAAUUGUCCAGAAAUUCAUCUUGACCAACAAUCAAUUAAUUAUCUCAACUCUAUUUUCUUGUAAUAUCGUUAUACUUUUCGUAGAACAAACAAAAAUUUCUGUAAAAUAAA